GCAAAAAUGUACCUGUGGUUUUCAGACAAGCCAAAUUUGGCAGGAUAACCGGGAACCUGGCAACUCUGAGGAAAAGCGUUCUGUGAUUGGACUGCAAGAGCAGAAGAUUUAGACAAACAAGUAUCAGCAGAUACAGUGCUAUAGGGCGGGACUGUGCUUUGGAUGAUGUUCGGAGAAAAGACGCUAAAAUUGGCUCUCAGAUUGAAUGAAAUAUACAGGUUAUGGUUUGCCCUCCUUUCUUGGACGGAGGGACCAAUGCAGUGAGCACUGUGUCAACCAGCUGGAUAACUGACUCUGACCCAAAGAAACCUCCACACAAUCAGGCAAGAUGAAUAUUGAUAAACCUGGUUGUUCUCCCCAUCAGACCUGUUCUGUAGAGGAGAGCUGCACAGCAUCUUCUCCUACAGACCCUAAGGCCCUAUACAACAUCAAGAGUGUUUUUUUCAGCAAAAUCCAUGAUGAAGUUAGGACAUUCAUGUUGAAGGGACUGCAACAGAGCAUAGAGGAUGUUGUGUCUUUAACGACCACCAAAACCAUUACCACCGAUAUACUGGAUAAUGUGAUGACUCAGGUCACUUGCAUUCUUGCUCACCUGUGUGACUCCACAUCAUCCUGGAGCAGUACUCCACCCAGAAGUGCCAGCCAGGAAUUGGCUACGGAACUAGUUAUUUCCACAGCAAACAAAAUGCGGGAGUACUGGCAUCUAUGCACAGUGUCUGACUGGAUUGGUGCCUCCCUGGUGUCCCCUGUAGAAAUCUUCAGUGCGGUAGACACCUGUUUGUCCCGUAUUGUAUUGGAGGCUCUGAGCUCCUACUUUGAGACCUUGUUGAGCAUCUGCAGUGAGGGGACGUCAGCUGAUGCAUGCAGAAUUGAUUUAGAUACAUCGCAGUGUGACUUCAUUCAGGCUGUGGCUGAUAAAAUUAAGGGUUUCUCAAGUCAGUCCACUAGUGAAACAGGAACCCCAGAAACUAAAGAAGUUGACCUGUCCCUUGAGGAUCUCUCUUCUAGUGAAGAACAUCCAGGUGAAAUUAUCCUGGAGACAAUUUUCAUAAGCUGCCUCAGUAACAUCUGCUCGGACAAGGCAAAGAUAAAAGACUGUCAACCGUUUGAGCGAUUCUGGAAAACUCUUCAGGCCGAUGCCUCAGAGUUGAUCAGUGAUGUCAUCUUUAAAGAGACGACAGAAUUUGUUGAAUCUUGCUCGCCCCUGAGUUUCUCUCCAGAAGCUUGUGCAAAGAUAAAAUAUUGCACACAGUCAGCAUCUUUAGAACUGGUGGACCAGCUGACUUGUGAAUUAGCCACAGCCCUUUCUGAAGAGAUAGCUGACCCCUCUGUUGACCCAGAUCUGUACGAAUCACAGGUCAAGCUGGUGUCUAAACAAUUACAGAGAAUUGCUCGAACCAUCCUUAAGAAGGCUUUGCAGACAAGCUUCACUGCGAGGUCUGAGCAGAGCUUUUCUGUCGAUGAGCUCGCUCAUCUGACAUCUACCCUCCUGAGCGGCUCCAAACAGGUGGUGAAGAGCAUCCUUCGAAGAUUCGAAAAGUGCUUGUCCCGCAAAUUAGCGAAAGAUGUUCAAAGUUCAGAUGAAGCGAAAGAAUUCCUGGAAUCUCUGAGGGAACACCUGGAGUACAUGAACAGCCGGACACUCAAAGACACAGCAGGACUGGACAAAGAAAUAUUUUGUGGCCCCAUGAGUGCAGAUCCUGAAUUUUUCAGGAUGUUUGUCUUUGAGUCACUUUACUCAGCAGAUCAGAUUUCAAAAAAGAAGAAGAAGAAAUUCUUCAAAAUCAGGAUGCCCAAGAUAUUCAAAAGAUCCAGAAAGGUGGUACCAGUUUUGGACCCUUCUACAGCCUUCAUUGAGGAAAGAUCUGUUUCACCUGGGUUAAUUUCAGCACCUUCCCAGGAAGAGCUGUCCAGACCAAUGGAUGACUCAACUGACAGCUCUCCACCAAAGAAGAAGUCCAUCUGGUCUAGGAUUACCAGGGCUUUCUCACAUGUCUCUUGCAAACUGAUAAAGCCUUUAGAUGGCUAAUUUUCCAUCCAUUUAGAGUGUAGAGAAUUGCUUCUGAUUUUCUCAGCAUCUGCCUAUUUGUUACUAAAUGGUUUCAUGUAAAAUAAAAUAAAGGUAUUCUAGAAUAGUAUGGCAAGCUCCCUCCAGGGUGGUGGUAUGUAGCUUGCCAGAGGAAAAUUGGAAGUAUAUUGGGUCUUGUUCAAAUUAUUAGUAAAAGGAUUGGGUAAUUGGGUAUUGCAGAUUAUUGUAAAAGACUAAGGAUGGCAUAGUAGCUUCAAAAAGGUAGUCUGAAGCUCUGCCGAGGAAAUGGUUAGGUAUGUUGGGAUUAUCUAAUUGAUUAUAAGUUGGACUGUAUCCAUUAGUUAUUUUAGGGCUCAGAGCAUCUAUGUACGCUGCAGGAUAAAUUAGAUGAGAGUAGGGAGGAUUUGAAUGCUGCUGCUGUUGUUUGUUUUGCAAUCCGGUGUCGCCCAGAGGAGGAUGGGUCCCCCUUUUGAGCCGUGGUUCCUCUUAAGGUUUCUUCCUCUGAUUCUAAGGGAGUUUUUCCUUGCCCCUGUUGCCUCUUGCUCGCUCACUAGGGGCUCGGACCCGGAUCUUAAGAUGCUUGUAACAACAACAGUUGCUAAAAGUGUUUAACGGCAGAAGCAGAGGAAAUCAGAGGCAAACACAUUUUUUGUGUCAAUGAUUAUUUAAAUAAAAUUAAAAAAACAUAAUUGUAAUACCUUCAA